AUGGUAUCAAAAGAUUAUGAAACAAAUGAAUUAGAAGAUUUUGAAUCAUUUCUAGAAUCUGAUUUUGAUGCUAGAAAAUUAUCAAAUAAUUUAUUAUUAAUUACAAAUGGUGAAGAAAAUCCUGAAUUAGAUUUAAUUACACCAAUUAAAAAAUUAAAAUUUGAUAUUGAUGAAUGUAAUAAACGAAUGUCAAAGAUAUCAUCAAAUAAUUACUUAGCUUUAAUUUCAAACUUUUCAGAAUUUGACAAACAUUCAGAUAUUUUGAAAAACAAGAUAAAUCCACAAAUUGAAAGAAUUAACCAACCAUUUAAAAGAAUUAAAAAUGAAAUAAUUGAUCCAUUUGACGAAUCAAUUAAAUUGAAUAAUGCAAUUAGGAAAAUUCAUCAAACUUUACAAUUAUUAAGAAAUUUAAGUUUCUUUAUAUUUUUAAUUCAACAAUUGGAAGAAAUGGAGAUGAAAUUUAAAAAUGAAGAGAAUGGGAAAGAUUUAUUAAAAAUUUCAAAAUUACAUAAACAAUUAGCUAAAUUGUAUGAAAUUUCACAUAUUGAAAAGAAUGAUACUUUAUCUAUUAAAUUAAUUCGAGAUUAUCAAUCUAUUGAAAUUACAAGAAGGAAAAAUUUAGUUUAUGAAUGUUCAAAUUUUAUAAUUAAUGAGUUUAAUCAUACUUCAAAAAUACAGAAUAAUAAUACUCAAUUAAUGAAUAAUGUACUAUCUUUAUACAUUCUUGAUCCGGAGGAGUUUUUUACCACUUUUGACAAAUCUACAAUCAAUAAACAACUUACAAUUUCAAUUAAUCAAUUAUCAAAAGCAUUACAAUCUCCAAGAAAUUUUACAGCUAUAUUAUCUGAAAUAAAUGAAGAGAUAAAAGACUACUUUACAAGAUUAGAGUCCUGUCUAAGAACUUGGACGGUAAAUACUGAUAAUGAUGAAAAAUUACCUAUUCUAGAGAAAAUCUUAAUACAUUACAAUACAAAUUCUUUAUCAAGAUUAUUUUGGCCAAAAUUAAAUUCAAAAUUUAAAAGAAAUAUAGUUGCUACAAUGGCAAGAGGUGGUCCAAUUGCUAAAAAUUUAAAAGUAUAUUCUCAAGGUUUGAAAACUUCAAUUAAUGAAAUUUUUAAAAAUCAAAAUGAGGAAGCAAAUUUAUUUCUUGAUUCAUUAUCAAUGAUAGAUUAUCAGUAA